AUUUCUUAACUAUUGGGGUCUUCUUUUUGCAUUCCUAUCAGGCUUACGACAUUUCCGAUAUCACCUGAAGGCAGCAACAGCAUGAAUCUCCACCUGAACCGUUUUAUGGGAGAGGAGCGAGGCGAAGCAUAGCCUCAAGCUUAACUGUAUCAAGCCACCAAGUGAAAUGGCUGUGAUCGGAUUGGAACAGAAAGCUCCGAAAACUGUGAGGGACUGAAGAGGAAUAAAGUGACGGAUUCUCACAAACAGAAGCCCCACUCAUCUGAGAGAUGCUCGCAAAAAAAGAUUCAGCAAAAACAGCCAGGAUCUAUGUGAAGUGAAGUUUGGAGCGGCGAUCAGCUGGUCUGGUGGUUCUGUGAAGAUCACGGUACAAUGAUGGGGACGCGCUUGGUUUCACUGCUUGUGCUGCUCAUGCAGCUCCUCUGUGGCUGCGCAGGGAACCAAAGGAUGGCGAGGGCUGCCUCCAUGCAAUUCACCCAGUCUGUUUACAAUGCCACAAUAUAUGAGAACUCUGCUGCUAAGACUUACUUAGAGAGUCACGCUAAGAUGGGGGUCUACAUCACAGACCCAUCCUGGGAGAUACGGUACAAAAUCAUCUCUGGAGAUAAUGAGAACCUAUUCAAAGCAGAGGACUACCUGCUGGGAGAUUUCAGUUUUAUGCGAAUAAGGACCAAAGGAGGCAGCACUUCCAUUCUGAACCGGGAGGUUGAAGACCACUACAUGCUAACUGUUAAAGCUUCAGAAAGGAGCACUAAUUUUGAGUGUCGCACUAGAGUGAAGGUGCAGGUACUGGACACCAACGAUCUGAGGCCUCUUUUCUCACCAACAUCCUAUAGCAUCUCUCUACCAGAGAACACGGCCAUACGCAUGAGUGUGGCCAAGGUCACGGCAACAGAUGCAGAUAUCGGUACUAACGGAGAAUACUACUAUAGCUUCAGGGAGUGGACGGACAUGUUUGCAGUUCAUCCAACAAGUGGUGUGGUGACACUGACUGGAAAACUAGACUACUCUGAUAAGAAGCUGUACGAGUUGGAGAUCCUUGCGGUGGAUAGAGGAAUGAAGCUGUACGGCAGCAGCGGCUUCAGUAGCAUGGCCAAACUCACAGUGAGGGUGGAGCAGGCCAAUGAGCAUGCACCUGUAAUCACUGCUGUAACCCUGGCCCCCUCGGAUGCAGACCAUGACCCCACCUAUGCUAUUGUGACAGUGGAGGACAGUGACCAGGGACCAAAUGGAGAAAUAGCAUCAUUGAGUAUAGUGGCUGGUGACCCUCUUCAGCAGUUCAAGGCUGUGAGAAGCAGCCCUGGGAGCAAGGAGUAUAAAAUAAAAGCAGUCAAAGAUGUGGACUGGGACAGCCAGCCUUUCGGAUAUAACCUCACUUUACAGGCGAAGGACAAAGGCAGCCCCCCUCAAUUUUCAUCUGCUAAAUUGGUACAUGUCACUUCUGCCCAGUUCAAAGUGGGCCCUCCAAUAUUUGAAAAGGCCGUUUACAGAGUCAAUCUUAGUGAAUUCGCCCCUCUUCUUACACCUGUCACUAUGGUAACAGCUUUGCCAAAGUAUCCACAGCUAAAGUAUGCCUUUAAACACAAAUCUGACAAGAACAGAUUUACUAUCAAUCCAGAUACUGGCUUAAUCAGCACUGCAGGACCAAUCAAUGCUGAUUCUGCUUCUCGAUUUGAGCUAGAUGUGAUCACCAGUGACAAAAAAGCGGCAACAAAAGUGAUCGUUGAAGUGAUUGAUGUGAAUAACAAUGCACCUGAGUUCCAGCAGACAUCUUACAAGGCCAGUGUUGAUGAGAAUGUGCCCACAGGGACCAGUGUGAUAACUGUUAAAGCCACUGAUUUAGACAGAGGGGAAAACGGCUAUGUGACCUACAGCAUUACCAAUAUGAGCCCUCAACCAUUUGUCAUCGACUACUUCUCUGGUGUCAUCAGUACCUCAGAGGUCCUGGAUUAUGAGCUCAUGCCAAGGAUUUAUAGUCUCAAAGUCAGGGCGUCAGAUUGGGGAUCUCCUUACCGGAGAGAGGUGGAGGCAUCAGUCACCGUUACAUUAAAUAACCUGAAUGACAAUAAGCCCUUGUUUGAAAAUGUAGACUGUGAAGUUACUGUGCCAAGAGAUCACGGCGAGGGAGAGCAGAUAACAACCGUGUCUGCCAUAGAUGCGGAUGAGCUGCAGCUAGUACGGUACUAUAUUAAAGCCGGGAAUGAUCUCGAUCUGUUUGAACUGAACCCAAACUCUGGCGUGCUCUCAUUGAGGCACACGCUGAGUGAGGGAGAGGCAGCUAAAGUGUCCUUUCAUAGUUUACAUGUCAUUGCGACCGAUGGCGAACACGAGACUCAGCCAAUGUUCAUGAACAUAACUGUCAUCACAGCACGCAAGCCUGUCCAGUUAAAAUGUGUUGAAACUGGUGUCGCUACCAUGUUGGCGGAAAAGCUACUUCAGGGCAGCAAAAUCCACAUGCAUACUGAGCUGGAUGACAACUUCAUGGACUUUCACUCAGUCAACCGGUACCCUCCUCUGUUUGACGAGUCCUUCCCUAGUGUUAUUGAGGUUAAAGAGGACCUGCCAGUUGGGGCCCGGAUUGUGCAUUUAAGUGCCACAGACGCUGAUAGCGGUUUCAAUGGAAAACUAGUAUACGUUAUUUCAGGAGGUGACACAGAAAGCCGCUUUGUAGUUGAUAUGGAAACUGGCUGGCUUUUGGUUUAUUCCCCUCUUGACAGGGAAACAACAGACCAGUACACCCUCAACAUUACAGUUUAUGAUCUUGGAAUACCACAGAAAUCCUCAUCACGCCUCUUGGGGGUUAAGGUCCUAGAUGCCAAUGAUAAUAGACCUACAUUUUUGCAAGAUUCGUAUUCAGUUGAAAUAAGUGAGAGUAUACCUGUUGGCACAGAAAUCAUCCAGGUGGAUUCAACAGACAAGGAUCAAGGAGAUAAUGGAGUCGUGAAGUAUUCAAUUUUGGGAGGCACAGAUCAUUUUGCCAUCCAUGAAGACACUGGUGUAGUGACUGUGACAAAGCCGCUUGAUCGUGAGCUCCAUCCAGUUUAUGUCUUAAAGGUCGCGGCCCGUGACCUGGCAACGAACGAGCCUCAGUUAGUUUCUACCGUGCCACUUAAAAUCACCUUGGAAGAUGUGAAUGAUAAUCCACCGAGAUUUGUUCCCCCUAACUAUCGCGUGAAGGUGAGGGAAGAUCUUCCUAUCGGCACCGUUAUUAUGUGGCUGGAGGCUCACGAUCCUGAUACUGGACCUUCCAGUCAGGUACGAUACAGCCUUAUUGACAACGGAGACGGGUAUUUUGAAGUAGACAAACUCAGUGGGGCUGUACGGAUCGUGCAGAAUCUAGAUUAUGAGACAAAACAGGUGUACAACCUGACGGCAAAAGCUAAAGACAAAGGGAAGCCCAUGUCCUUGUCCUCCACCUGUUUCAUUGAGGUGGACGUAGUGGAUGUGAAUGAGAAUCUCUACAGGCCUCUGUUCCAAUUGUUUACGGAAAAGGGAUAUAUAAAGGAGGAUGCACUUGUUGGGACAUCAGUAAUGACUGUUUCAGCUGAAGAUGAAGACAAAGAAAGAGACGGAGAGAUUCGAUACUCCAUACGAGAUGGAUCCGGCCUGGGGAUAUUUACCAUCGAUGAGGAAACUGGUAUUAUCCGAACACAAGAACUGCUGGAUCACGAGACAACACCUCACUACUGGCUCACAGUCUAUGCGAUGGAUCGUGGCGUGGUGCCGCUCUCGACCUUUGUUGAGGUGUACGUCGAAGUGCAAGAUGUCAACGACAAUGCACCGCAGACCUCAGAACCUGUCUACUACCCGUCUGUCAUGGAGAACUCCCCUAAAGAUGUGUCAAUCAUCCAGAUAAAUGCAGUGGAUCCAGAUGCCAAGGCCAGUGAUAAACUCACCUACAGGAUCACCAGCGGCAAUCCCCAGGGUUUCUUUGCCGUUAACGCCAGGACCGGUCUGGUUACAACUACUUCAAGGAAAGUGGACAGGGAGCAGCAAGUUGAGCACAUUCUUGAGAUCACAGUCAGUGACCACGGCGUUCCUGCCAGAUCCACCACUGUCCGCGUCAUCGUCCGAGUCCUGGACGAGAAUGACAAUAGGCCGAUGUUUUUGGAAAAGAUCUAUAAGAUCAAGCUCCCGGAGCGAGAGAGGCCGGAGAAAGAGAGAGCCAUGAAGAGAGACCCGGUGUAUCGGGUCAUUGCAUCAGACCGGGAUGAGGGACCGAACUCCGAGAUCUCUUACAGCAUCGAGGAGGGAGACGAAAGCGGAAAGUUCUUCAUCGAACCCAAGACCGGCACGGUUUCCUCCAAGAAGUUCUCUUCUGCUGGAGAAUACGACAUUCUUACAAUUAAAGCCGUCGACAAUGGACGUCCUCAGAAAUCGUCCACUUGUCGUCUGCAUAUCGAGUGGAUUCCUAAACCACAAUUGCCCGCCGAUGCAGCUCCCCUGGUUUUCGAGGAGUCCCCCUUCACAUUCUCCGUAAUGGAAAGCGACCCCGUGGCCCACAUGGUGGGGGUGGUGGCCACAGAGUCCUCUGAUGUCCCGGUGUGGUUCGAAAUCACAGGUGGUAAUUAUGACAGCCGCUUUGACGUUGGCAAGGCCAGUGGAACCUUGAUUGUUGCACGGCCCUUGGACACUGAGCCGAAAUCAAAUUACAACUUGACGGUGGAAGCCACGGAUGGGACACGAACUGUCAGCACCCAGGUGCUGAUCCGUAUCAUUGACACCAACAACCACCGACCACAGUUCUCUGAGAAGGUGUAUGAGGUGAAUGUCCCUGAAGACAAACCAGCCGGGACUGAGGUCCUGCAGGUCAGCGCUGUGGACAGAGACGAGAAGAACAAGCUAACCUUCACACUCCUCAGCAGCACCGACCCCUUCAGCCUGAGGAAGUUCCGACUAGACCCAGGAACGGGCACCCUCUUCACUACUGAGGAGCUGGAUCAUGAGACAAUGCAUCGUCACAUUCUCACCGUCAUGGUUCGAGACCAGGACAUCCCAGUAAAGAGGAACCUUGUGCGUGUUAUUGUCAAUGUGGAUGACACCAAUGACAAUGCACCCUGGUUUAUAGGCACACCUUACACUGGCCGUGUGUUUGAAUCUGCAGCCGUAGGUUCGGCUGUGCUCCAGGUCACGGCUCUUGACAAAGACAAGGGCUAUAACGCAGAGAUUAUCUACAGCAUUGAAUCAGGAAAUGUUGCAAACUCAUUUGCCAUCGACCCUGUUCUUGGGACAAUCAAGGUGUCCAAAGAGCUUGAUCGCAACAGCAAUAACCAGUUUGAACUCACCGUUAAGGCAUCUGAUAAUGGAAACCUUUCACUGUCAACCACCACCACUGUUAACAUUGCAGUAACAGUUUCUGAUAAUGCAGCCCCAAGAUUCACCGAAAAAGAGUUCUCUGCAGAAGUUAGUGAAUCAGUCAAUCCAGGAAGUUUUGUGAGCUUGGUAACAGCCGACAGCCAGUCCUCUGUUUUCUAUCAACUAAAAGGUGGCAACAUCAACAACGCAUUUGAUAUAAACCCUAACUCAGGAGUGAUUGUGACCCAGAAAGCUUUAGAUUAUGAGACCACUUCCCAAUACAAGCUCAUCAUACAGGGUACCAACAUGGCAGGACUUUCCAGCAACGCAACUCUUCUGAUUCACCUCAAGGAUGAAAAUGACAAUGCUCCAAUCUUUGUCCAGAAGGAAUUCAAAGGAUUAAUUAGCGAGUCUGCCCCCAUCAACAGUGUUGUCCUGACCCAUGAAAACACGCCUUUUGUGAUUAGGGCUUCUGAUGCUGAUUGCGACCGGAAUGCCAUGCUCAUCUACCAAAUUGUCGAACCUUUCGCACACAACUAUUUUGCCAUUGACUCAAGCACCGGAGCUGUCCGAAUCACAACACCUUUGGAUUAUGAACAGAGGAGUGUCUUCCAGUUCACAGUCCAGGUCCAUGAUCUAGGAAUGCCACGCCUGUUUGCAGAGACAGCAGCCAACGUAACCAUUGAAGUAAUUGACAUAAAUGACUGUCCACCAGUUUUCAGCCAAGAACUGUACGAGACAACUGUCAAAGUGCCAACCUACAAAGGGGUGGAAGUCAUUAAAGUCAACGCCACAGACUCAGACUCUAAACUUAUUUUCUCCAUCUCAGAGGGAAAUAUUGGUGAUAAAUUUAAGAUAGAUCCAAUCACAGGCAUCAUUUCUAUUCAGAAUGUGACACAACUCAGGAGCAGAUAUGAAUUAAAAGUUAGGGUUUCCGAUGGUAGGUUUGCUGCUGUGGCUACAGUUAAGAUAAAUGUGAAGGAAAACAAGGAGAGUAAACUGAAGUUCACAAGGGAGUCCUUCAAAGCCUACAUCCAAGAAAACUCUUCUCAGAAGAAAACACUAGCAGCCAUCGCUGUUGUUGGGAACCAGUUGAACGAGCCCUUGUUUUACAAGAUUUUGAACCCUGACAGCAGAUUUGAAAUCAGCCGCACAUCUGGGGUACUCUCAACCACUGGGAUUCCAUUUGAUCGCGAGGCACAGGACACAUUUGAAAUAGUUGUUGAGGUCACCAAAGAGGACACAUCUGAAGAUGGGGCUCACGUUCUAGUAACUGUGACAGUGGAAGAUGUAAAUGACAACAAACCUAUGUUUGUGAACCGACCCUAUCACGCCCUGGUCCAGAUGGACGCAGAGGAAGGCCAGGUCAUCCGACAAGUCACAGCAGUAGACAAAGACAUGGGCCCGAAUGCAGUUAUCCAUUAUUACCUGAAGGAACACCAAGAGCACUUUCAAAUUACCCCAUCUGGGGAAAUCUCCCUCAAAAAGAAAUUUGAGAAGGAUUUGCUCGACACAGACUUUGUCGUUGUUGUUAUGGCAAAGGAUAAUGGAGAGGUACCACUCUCAACAGAAGUAGAAGUGCCUAUAACAGUGGUGAACAAAGCAAUGCCUGUGUUUGAGAAGCCUUUUUACAGCAUUGAAAUACCUGAAAACAUUCAAUUACACACACCUGUGCUUCACGUACAGGCCAAUGAUUCUGAAGGCCCUCGUAUUGUGUACACCAUUUCUGAAGGGGAUCCUUUCAAACAGUUCUCCAUUGAUUUCAACACAGGUGUAAUUCAUGUGAUUCAGCCACUGGACUUUGAAACACAUCCCGCCUAUAAGUUAAAUGUUCGUGCUACAGAUUCUCUGACUGGAGCGCACUCUGAAGUGUUUGUUGAUAUCAUACUGGAAGAUGUAAAUGACAACGCCCCUGUGUUCCUGUUGAAGUCUUACUAUGCCAAUAUUUCAGAGGCCUCUGUCAUUGGAACAUCUAUAUUGCAAGUUGAUGCCAAAGAUUAUGAUACUGGAAGUAACCAAGAAGUAUUCUUUCAACUAGUUGAAGAAAAGAGGAGGACUUCAGAUGACUUCAUCAUUGACCGUGACACAGGAAUAAUCUCCACAGCUCAAGUUCUCGAUCAUGAGGAGAUCCAGCAGCACAAGUUGAGAGUCCGCGUUGUGGACGGCGGAGUUCCAGCCCUUUCUAGUGAUGUUAUUGUAACAAUAGAUGUUACUGACCUUAAUGACAAUGCUCCAAUAUUUACACAGCACACUUAUAACACUUCUAUAAGUGAAUUGGCCCCACGUGGACAUUUUAUCACCCAAGUCCAGGCAUCUGAUGUUGAUAGCUCCGACUUAGAUAAGUUGGAGUUCUCCAUAUUAUCCGGAAAUGAUGAUCAGAACUUUUCCAUCGACAAACACACCGGCGCCAUUUUCAUUUCCAACCACCGUAGGCCACAUAUGCAGCCUCUCUACAACCUCAAUGUAUCAGUAUCAGACGGUGUAUUCAGAAACUCAGCCCUGGUCUUAGUAACAGUUACUGGAGCCAACCUUCACAACCCCACUUUCUCUCAGCUGGACUAUUUGGUAGAGCUUGUUGAAAACUCACCUAUUGGUACCUUGGUAGCAGAAGCAAAGGCAACAGAUGACGACGAAGGCAUAUAUGGGCGAAUAACAUACCAGAUUGUCAAUGACUUUGCAAAAGACAAGUUCUCUAUCAAUGAAAACGGAGAGAUUUUCACUCUUGAGAGCCUUGAUCGUGAGAAUACCGUCGAAAAGGUCAUUCCUAUUUCUCUCACAGCUAAGGAUGGGGGUGGGAAAGUGGGCUUUUCUGUAGUCAAUGUCAUUCUCACAGAUGUCAAUGACAAUGCCCCACAAUUCAGGGCAGCUGACUACAAAGCCACUAUUGCAUCAGAUGCCCCAAGGGGAACUUCUGUGGUUAAAAUUGCUGCUUCAGACAUGGAUGAGGGAAGCAAUGCUGACGUUGAGUAUUCAAUUGAAGCAGAUGUUGAAAGCGUUGAGGAGAACUUUGAAAUCCACCCAACUUCUGGAGUCAUCAUAACCAAAGAGAGUCUCAUUGGACUUGAAAAUGAGCUCUAUGCAUUCUUUGUGAGGGCAAAGGACACUGGAAAUCCAUCCAAAGAAUCUGUUGUGCAGGUUUACAUCAGGAUUGUAGCACCAGAGACACAAAUUCCUAAAUUUUCGGAAGCACAAUACCGAUACACAAUUGCCGAAGACCUUCCCAUCGGUACAGAGAUCGAUGUUAUUCAGGCAGAAAGUAAGCAACCAGUCAUUUACAGCCUUGUGAAGGGUAACACUCCCGAGAGCAAUGAAGAUGAGGUAUUUGUUGUAGACAGAGACAGUGGGGCUUUGAAGCUUCAGAAAAGCCUAGACCAUGAGACCACCAAAUGGUACCAACUCACUUUGCUUUCCCAAACCCAUCACGAGAACUAUGAGAUUGUGUCGUCUGUAAAUGUUAACAUCCAGGUGAAAGACCUUAAUGACAACACACCUGUCUUUGAGGCAUAUCCUUACGAGGCUGUCAUUGUGGAAAACCUUCCAAGUGGAGCUCAAGUGAUCCAACUCAAAGCCACUGACCAAGACUCUGGAACCAACGGCCAUGUUGUCUACAGCCUGGACUCAAAGCAGAACUCGCAGGAGAUCUCCGAGCUGUUUGCUGUAAAUAGUGAAACUGGAUGGGUAACCACCUUAAAAGAGCUAGACCGUGAAAAGAUGAACAAAUACAUAAUUGCCGUCCUAGCUACAGACCAAGGCGACAAAGUCCAACACUUUAAUGGCACCAAAGUGGAGGUUACAGUCGCUGAUGUGAACGACAACCCACCACGCUUCACGGCAGAGAUCUACAAAGGAACAGUCAGUGAAGAUGACCCUCCUCCCAGUGGAGUGAUCGCCAUCCUCAGCACCACAGACGAUGAUUCUGAGGACAUCAAUAAACACGUCAACUACUUCAUUACAGGAGGGGACCCACUUGGCCAAUUUGCUAUCGAACACAUUCAGAAUGAAUGGAAGGUCUCUGUCAGGAAGUCCUUGGACCGUGAAGAGAAGGACAAUUAUCUCCUCAACAUUACUGCCAGUGAUGGCAUCUUUACCGCCAAAGCCGUUGUAGAGGUCAAGGUGCUGGAUGCUAAUGACAACAGUCCUGUUUGCGAAAAGUCACUAUACAGUGAGAGUGUCAGAGAGGACUCCCCUGCUGGCAGGCUCAUCUUGCAGGUCUCUGCUACAGAUGCUGACAUCCGCUCAAACGCCCAAAUCUCCUAUGAUCUGCAAGGAGUUGGAUCUGAAUUGUUUAACAUUGAUUCUGAUACAGGGGAGCUGAAGACGUUACAGCCCCUGGAUCGAGAGGAGCAGGUCGAGCACAGGUUCAGAGUGCGGGCGGUGGACGGAGGAGGGCGGUACUGUGAGGCUGACAUCCACAUCACUGUGGACGAUGUUAACGACAACACGCCUCAGUUCUCAUCUGAAACCUACACCAUCACAGUCUUCGAGAACACAGAGACGGGCACAUUCGUGGCAAAACUGCUGGCAAACGAUAUCGAUACUGAUCUUAACAGCGACAUCCUCUACUCAUUGGUCGAUUCCGCUGAAGGGUUCUUCUCAAUUGACGAGCACACCGGUGUUAUGAGCCUGGAGCGCCCCCUGGACCGAGAGGUGCAGUCCACAUACGAGCUGAAGGCCCGGGCCAGUGACCAGGGCUCCCCACGUCUGUCCUCUCUGUGCCACGUGCUGAUCUCCGUCCUGGACAUCAACGACAAUCCGCCAGUCUUUGAGCACCGUGAAUACAUGGCUACCCUGUCUGAGGACGUGACGGUGGGCACACAGGUGCUCAGAGUGCAGGCAGCGAGCCGGGACACGGAUGCUAACGGAGAGAUCUCUUACGGCAUCAUCAGCGGAAACGAGCACGGCAUGUUCAGCGUUGACCCUCGCACCGGUGACGUCUUUGUGAUCGAGCCGCUGGACUACGAGGUCUCCCAUGAAUACUACAUCACCGUAGAGGCGACAGAUGGUGGCUCGCCGCCGCUCAGCGACAUGGCCACUGUGAACAUCAACCUGACCGAUGUCAACGACAACACACCCGUGUUCAGCCAGGAGAUCUACACCGCCGUCGUCAGUGAGGACGCCGAGCUGGGGAAGACUGUGAUGGCGGUGAUGGCAGAAGAUGUCGACGGACCUUCUUUCAAUCACGUGCGCUACUUCAUCGUGGACGGUAACCAAGGCAGCCCCUUCACCAUCGAUCCGGUCAGAGGAGAGCUUAAAGUCGCUCGCCAGCUGGACAGAGAGCGAACCUCAGGGUUCACUCUGAUGGUGGUUGCCUCAGACAACGGGGCCAACCCUCUCUCCAGCAGCGCCAUGAUCAACAUCGACAUCUCAGACGUCAACGACAACCCACCGCUGUUCUCCCAGGGCAACUACAGCCUCAUCAUCCAGGAGAACCGACCAAAAGGCACAAGUGUCCUCCAGCUCACCGUAACCGAUCGGGACGCUUCCCACAACGGCCCACCUUUCACCUUCGCCAUCGUGGAUGGGAAUGAGGGCGAUGCUUUCCACAUCAAUCAGCAGGGAGCUUUAGUGGCCGUGGGAGCGCUGAAUAGGAAAAGUACAGAACACUACCUACUGCAAGCUCAGGUGUCAGACAGUGGCAAACCUCAGCUCGUUUCCACCGCCUUCAUCAGUGUGCGAAUAAUCGAGGAGAGCGUCUACCCUCCUGCCAUCCUUCCACUGGAUAUCUUUGUCACCUGCGCGGGCGAUGAAUACCCCGGAGGUGUCCUGGGCAAGAUCCACGCCACCGACCAGGACAUCUACGACACCCUCUCCUACAGCCUCUCCCCUUCCUCUUCCUCAUCGGACGACAGCGGAGCCCUGUUUUCAGUGUCCGCCUCCGAUGGUAAAGUCAUCGCCCUGCGCCCCCUCGAUGUGGGUCACUACCCUCUCAACGUGACGGUGACCGACGGGCGCUUCACCACGGCGGCUGACGUCACCGUGCACGUCAGACAGGCAACACGUCAGGCUCUGGACAACUCUAUUGCCGUGCGCUUUGCUAAUAUCGCCCCCGAGGAAUUCAUCGGGGACUUCUGGCGUAACUUCCAGCGGGCACUGAGGAACAUCGCAGGGGUCCGGAGGAGUGAGGUGCAGCUGGUGAGCCUGCAGCCUUCAGAGCACGGAGACCUGGACGUGCUGCUGGCUUUAGAGAGGUCCGGUACCCCCUACCAAUCUCAGGAGGUGGUCUUCCGUAAGCUGAACUCCUCUGCGGCUGUGAUCGAGGAGAUGACGGGCGUUCGGAUCGUGCGGGUGGUGCAGAAGCUGUGCGCGGGGGUGGACUGCCCGUUAAGCUUCUGCGACGAGGUCAUCUCCCUGGACAAGAGCACGAUGUCCACAUACAGCACGGCUCGUCUCAGCUUCGUCUCACCGAGACACCUGAGGACCGCCACCUGCCAGUGUGAAGGUGGCACAUGUCCCGUGGUGAACAACCUGUGUGAGAACAGCCCCUGUCCUGAGGGAAUGGAGUGUGUGGCAGAUCCUAAAGAAGCCGUGUACAGCUGUGUGUGUCCAGAGGGCAAAAAGGGCAAAUGCUCCGAUGGCAACUCCCUAACGUUCAGCGGCAGCGGCUAUGUGAAGUACCUUCUGAUGGAGAAUGAGAACAAGGAGCUGAUGAAACUCUCCCUGAGGAUCAGGACCUUCUCCACUCAUGCUACUGUCAUGUAUGCGAAAGGAACAGACUACAGCAUCCUCGAGAUUGUGAACGGCCGUCUGCAGUACAAGUUUGACUGCGGCAGUGGCCCCGGCCUGGUGUCUGUGCACAGCGCUCAGAUUAACGACGGGGAGUGGCACACUCUCACACUGGAGGUGGAUGGUAACUACGCCAAGCUGGUGCUGGACCGGGUGCACGCCGCCUCAGGCACAGCACCGGGCACCCUGCGGACCCUCAACCUCGACAACAGCAUUUAUUUCGGCGGGCAUGUACGCCAGCUGGCCUCGGCUCGCCACGGUCGCAGCCUGCCCGUCACCAACGGGCUGCGCGGCUGCAUGGAGGCCAUCAGCCUGAACGGCCAGGAGCUGCCUCUGAACACCAAGGCUCAGCGGGCCCACGCCGUGCUGGAGGACCUCGUGGACGUGAGCCCAGGCUGUGCCCUCGCACCUGCCGAGAGCUGCUCCAGCAACCCCUGCAGCAACGGGGGGGUGUGCGCCUCGCUGCCUAACGGAGGCUACUUCUGUAAGUGUCCUGCCUCCUUCAUGGGCACCCACUGUGAGAUUGGCCUGAGCCCCUGUGCCUCCAACCCCUGCCUGUACGGGGGCACCUGUGUUCCUCGAGCAGGCGACUUCUUCUGCCAGUGCAGAGGACAGUACUCAGGACAAAGGUGCCAGUUGGGGCCGUACUGCAGAGAUAACCCCUGUAAAAACAGCGGGAAGUGCAUCGACAGCCUGGACGGUCCAGUGUGUGAGUGUGAAGUCGGUUUCCAGGGAGAAAGGUGCCUGAGCGACGUUGACGAGUGCAUCAAGAACCCCUGCUCCAACGGAGGCCAGUGCCAGAACACAUACGGCUCGUACAAAUGCAACUGCUCGCUGGGAUUCAACGGACAGAUGUGCGAACUCCGCGCCGAGGUCCGCAAUGACUUCGUCUCCACUUCCUGGAACAUCGGUCUGGAGGAGGUGAUCGGCAUCGUGGUGUUUGUGUCCAGCAUCUUCAUCCUGGUCCUCCUCUUCAUCAUCAUCCGCAAGAAGGCCUGUCGCAGAAGGUCCAAGCACAACGACGACAACAAACAUCUGGCCAGUCCCAACACGCCUCACUCCUUUCUACAGAGGCCGUACUUUGACGUCAAACUCAACAAGAACAUCUACUCCGACAUCCCCCCCCAGGUCCCCGUGAGGCCCAUCUCCUACACUCCCAGCAUUCCAAGCGACUCGAGGAACAACCUGGACAGGAAUUCAUUCGAGGGCUCAGCCAUCCCGGAGCACCCGGAGUUCAGCACCUUCAACCCGGACACUGUGCACGGGCACCGCAAGACCGUGGCCGUGUGCAGCGUCGCCCCCAACCUCCCCCCACCCCCUGGCUCCAACUCCAUCUCAGACAGCGACUCCAUCCAGAAGCCAAACUGGGACUAUGACUAUGAUGCUAAAGUGGUGGACUUGGACCCGUGCCUGAGUAAGAAGCCUGCAGAGGACAGCGCCUGUCACCCCUACAACACCCGGGGCAGCAUGUCUGAGGUCCAGUCCCUCAGCUCCUUCCAGUCAGAGUCCUGCGAUGACAACGCCUCCCUAGUGACGGUAAUCCACCGUGUCAACUGUGCUGUUGACACGGUGGAAGGAGAAGAGUCUUUUUUGGCUCAUGAUCUCAAGAACCCAAGAGGAUAUCACUGGGACACAUCUGAUUGGAUGCCAAGUGUCCAACUUCCUGGAAUCCAGGAGUUUCCACAGUAUGAGGUUGUGGAGUCGCCCGCCCCUCUGUACAGCGACCCGAGUGCCAUGGACACCGACUACUAUCCCGGCGGCUUCGACAUCGAGAGCGACUUCCCUCCGCCGCCCGAGGACUACAACGCCAACGACGACCUGCCGCCGCCGCCUUUGCCAGAGUACAGCGACACGCUGAGGCCCAUGGGAAGAGAGUUAGACCCGUCUGGGAGCGGUCCGGGCAGCCCGGCCGGGGUCCGUCAGCGCCCGGCCCUGCCCCAGCUGUACAGCCUUAACCAGUACCUGCCGCAGCACGCCUACCCCGGCGAGGGGGGCGACAGCGAGGGCCACGGUGCCACCUCCACCUCAGGCAACACCACCCCGGCCUCCACCAUGGGCCCCGGCGGCUACAGAGGGGGCUACCCUUUAGGGUGUAGUCGGGACUUUGACUCGUCAGCUCUGGACAACAUGUCCCUGUCCCUGUACACGUCCACAGCCUCCUGCUCGGACAUGUCGGCGUGCUGCGAGGAGUCCGAGGCGAUGAUAAGCGACUACGAGAGCGGCGAUGAGGGCCACUUUGAGCGGCUGGCCAUCCCGGCGCUCGACUCCCAGCAGCACACUGAAGUCUGACACUGGAUCCAAACAAAAGUGCCUGAACCCACAGCUACACCUCAUGUUAACCCCUCACACACCAAACAUGCACAGUAUGUGUACACAGAAAACGCAACAUACACACAUACAUACAUUCAAACACACAAUGAAUUGAGUCUACACACGGGGGUUGUUGAGACUGGUUGUGAGGCCAAUCGGCUGAGAAGAUCUCAUGAAGCUAUCGAAGAGACUCUGUAGCAUCUUAACGUCGGAUCAGUCCAACUCCUGCCCUUUUACGUUGGCGGUGCCAUGCUUUAUGUAACUUUCAUCAUGCAGGAAGUGGAUUGGCUGAAGGGUCCGGAUAUGCAUCAUGAGAAAAAAAUAAAAAAGAAUAAUUCACAAUAUCUCUGUUUCUAUAAAUUCAACCAAGCAAAAUGUUUUUCUACAAGUGCUCAUUUUCAAUGUAAAUUUAAAUGUACAGUUUUGAUUUCAAAGUUUACUAGGUUUUGUAGAUAUUCUAUGCUUUUAUUUUCAACAAAAAAGAGUUAAAUGGUGUGACAUUAUCAGCCUUACUGUGCUUACAUUCACAAAAAAGGAAAAGUUAAAAAAAGAGUGAGAAGAAAAGAGCGUGGCUUUUCCGAACACAGUGUACUCGUAAAUCUUAUUGUGUCCUGCUCAUUUCAAAAAGGGUCUUCAAUGAACGACUGCAUAUUCUUGUUGUUUUUUAAUUUUGUUUGUCUGUACAUUUUGACUUUGGAACCUCUUUAUUUUUCCACCAAGAAAAUGGGACCCAAUAUAUUUAUAGUGCAGAGUUAUCCAUGGACACGUGACUUUUUCAGGUGUCUAUGUGUGUGUGAGCAAUGCUAUGGUCUUGUUAAGGUUUUUAUUGAAUACUGCCACAAGCUCACGCUUUCCUACUGGCAAUAAAUUAUUCCUAAAAAAUAUUGAGACUGUCUGUGUGCAAUUAUUUCUCGACUGUCAUGAAUAGUUGUAGCGUUAGGCAGUAAUGUGGUUGCAAUAAAACUUCUGCAGCUGGUAUUGUUGGUGUAAAAAGUCAUUGAUAAAUAUUUUGAAGCCUU